CUCUCUCUCUCACUUGUGUCUUCACUAAUGCUCACUCACUUUCUCACGCCUGCUCACUCUCUCUCUCUUCCACUCCCUCUCCCACUCUCCGGCUCCUACACCACACUACUGAGAGUGCGAACAGGAACACAGGCAUCUCAUUUCAAGACGCAAGGAAAGAGCUUCAGAGGGAGGGAAAGUGGGAGGAGGAGGAGGGAGAAAGAGGGAGAGAGUGAGAGAGAAAGGAAGAAAGAAAUGAUGAGAGAGGAAGAAAGCAAGCAGGGCUAUAUAAGGACAGUCUGAAAACGCCAGGGUGUCUGACCAAAGGCUUUCCCCGUAUUAAAAGGAGGGGAACACUCUUAACCCUCCUCUCUUUCUUUCUCUCCAUCUCCCUCCCUCCCUCCCUCCCUCACUCACUCACAUCAAGUCCUACAGAGGAGGGUCUAAGGUGAGCUGAGCCCAGCAGGACUUGUGGAGUCAAAAGGAACCGAGACAGGGAGAGCAGGAAGACGCGCAGAGACAGAGAGAGAGAGAGAGAGAGAGCGAGAAGACAGGUACACAAAGAGGUUGAAAGCAAGCGUCUCCUGGAAGAUCAGCUCCUCUUUGUUCCUCACCUGGCUGCCGGGGCUCUGGGUUCAUUCAUUGAGUCGGCGUGCCGGUCUGCGUGCCGGUCUGCUGCCUCGGCGCACGCGGCCACAGGCAUCUGCGUGGAAGCAGCUGGUGCUCCGCCACAGACAUCCUGUCCAAGUCUUACUGGAUUUGUUCUAAAUCCUUAUUACCAGAAGCAAUCAAACAACUGAGGACAAAUUGACUUUGAAUAAUGAUGGGGACCAGCCGCCUGCUUCUAGGCGGUUUUGUCAUAGCUGUCCUACUGAGUUUAAGCGAUGCUGGUCUGGUGAAGAAAAUCCUCAGACAUCGGCGCGAAACACUGACGGGUCCCGGUGGGGACAACGUCACCCUUCCAAGCCCUCAUCAACCAGUGGUCUUCAACCACGUCUACAACAUCAACGUUCCUGCCAGUUCUAUGUGUUCUGUGGAUCUGGACUCUCCUGGAGGUAAGGAACUCGAGCAGAAGGAUGCCCCGGCCGGAACGCGCAUCACGGAGCACACUCUGGACGGGGAGAACCAGAUCGUCUUCACUCACCGCAUCAACAUCCCCAAGCAGGCCUGUGUCUGCAACGACGGGCUCCCGGAGCUCAAGAACCUGCUCAGUCGUCUGGAGAUGCUGGAGGGAGAGGUGUCCACCCUCAGGGAACAGUGCACCAGUGAGGCUGGCUGCUGUGGAGCCCAGGCCACGGGUAAUGUGGGUACGACGCCCUAUUGCAGUGGCCGUGGCAACUUCAGCUCUGAGGUCUGCAGUUGUGUUUGUGAGCCUGGCUGGAAGGGACCCAACUGCUCAGAGUCCGAGUGCCCAGAUGACUGCUCAGACCAGGGCCGCUGCGUUGACGGAAAGUGCGAGUGCUUCGAGGGCUACGGUGGGCAUAACUGCAGUCUGGAGUUCUGCCGCGUGGACUGUGGCAAGUAUGGCCAGUGCAUCGGUGGCGUCUGUGUCUGCACUGAAUGGUACUUUGGCGAGGAUUGCUCCCAGUCGGACUGCCUGAACAACUGCCUUGGCCGCGGGCAAUGUGUCGACGGUGACUGCAUCUGCGACGAGCCGUGGACAGGCUUCGACUGCUCAGAGCUUAUCUGCCCUAACGACUGCUACGACCGAGGCCGCUGCCACAAUGGCACGUGCGAGUGUGACGAGGGCUUCGCCGGCGAGGACUGUGGCACACGCACCUGCCCCAACAACUGCAUGGGCCGUGGCUUCUGCGUGGAUGGCCAGUGCGUGUGCAGCGCCGGCUACACGGGCGAGGACUGCUCGUCCCUCACCUGCCUGAAUGACUGCAACGACCGGGGCCAGUGCUUCAACGGUGUGUGCAUCUGCGAUACGGGCUACCAGGGCGAGGACUGCAGCCAGCUGGCCUGCCUCAACCACUGCAACAGCAGGGGCCAGUGCAUCAACGGACAGUGCCAGUGCGAUGCUGGCUUCCAGGGGGAGGACUGCUCGGAGCUGUCCUGCCCCAACGACUGCCGAAAUCGGGGCCGAUGUGUCAACGGGCAGUGCGUGUGUGACGAAGGCUUCGCCGGGGAGGACUGCAACGUCAAGACCUGCCCGUCCGACUGCUACGGACGAGGCGACUGUGUGGACGGCCGUUGCGUGUGCCACGCCGGGUUCACCGGCGAGGACUGCAGCGAGCUGAGCUGCCCCAACGACUGCCAGAACCGAGGGCGCUGCGUCUCCGGGCAGUGUGUGUGCGACGAGGGUUUCACUGCUGAAGACUGCAGCUUGAAAGCCUGCCCCAACGACUGUCUAGGCAGGGGCUACUGCGACGAUGGUCGGUGUGUCUGUCAGGAGGGCUUUGCCGGAGAGGACUGCUCUGUGCUCACCUGCCCUGCCAACUGCAACAACAGGGGGCGCUGUGUCAACGGCGCUUGCCAGUGCGAGACAGGCUUUGAAGGAGACGACUGUGGCCAGAGGAGCUGCCUGAACGACUGCAAAGGGGUCGGCCGCUGCAUAGACGGACAGUGUGUGUGCGACGAGGGCUACAUCGGAGAGGAUUGCUCAGAUGUGUCACCUCCCAAGGACCUGCUUGUGACUGAUGUGAACACCGAGUCGGUCAACCUCACCUGGUUCAACGAGAUGCUGGUGACAGAGUACCUGAUCACCUACGUCCCCACAGCGUCCGGUGGUCUACAGAUGGAAGUCACAGUACCAGGCGACCGCACUGCGGCCAACAUCGACGACCUCGAGCCUGGCAUCGAGUACAUGAUCAAAGUCUUCGCUGUCCUUAGCAACAAGAAGAGUGUUCCAGUCAGUGCACGCGUGGCUACCCAUCUCCCGCAGCCAGACGGCCUGAAGUUCAAGUCCAUCAGAGAGUCGUCUGUGGAGGUGCUAUGGGACCAGCUAGACUUCCCGUACGAUGGCUUGGAGCUCUCCUUCAGGAACACUAAAGAGGAAAAUGGGAAAAUCUUGAACGCUCUGAACCGGGGACAGACAAGCUUUGAGCAGGUCGGUCUCGGGCCCGGUCAGGAGUACGAGGUGUCCCUCGGGGUCGUGAAAAACAACACCAGGGGACCCCAGGCAACCCGGACUCUUGUGACAAUGCUUGACGCACCACGGAAGUGUGAGGUGCGUGACGUGACGGACACCUAUGCUGUCAUCUCCUGGUCCCCACCGGUGGCCCAGAUCGACGCCAUUGGCCUGUCCUUCGGCCCCUCCUCCGACCCCUCGGACAGGAAGUCAGUGGACCUGGCCCCCACAGACACGCAGCACACAGUCGAUGGGCUGGCUCCAGACACUGAGUAUGAGGUGACCCUGGUGUCCAAGAGAGGCGACAUGACAAGCGACCCCGCCUCUGAAACCUUUACCACAGACCUGGACGCCCCCAUAAAUCUGCAGGUGGUGGGUCAGACCGAUGGCACUGUGACCCUGGAGUGGACAAACAGCCGGGCUGACGUGGACCGCUACCGGGUCAAGUUCAGCCCUGUCUCUGGAACUUCCCACGGAGAGGACCUGUUCCCUGAAGGAUCAGGAAAUAAGACUGAGGCCACUAUCACAGGCCUGAAGCCAGGGACUGAGUAUGGAAUCGGUGUGACUGCUGUGAAGAACGAGAGGGAGAGUCUGCCAGCGACCGUCAACGCCGUGACCGACCUGGACCCGCCGAGGGACCUGGAGGUGACGGAGGCCACCGAGACCACAAUGACCUUGGGGUGGAAGAGGCCGAGGGCCAAGAUCGCCAAUUACAGGCUGCUGAUCGAGUCCGCAGCGGGCAGAGUAGACGAGGUAGAGGUGCCAGGCGAUGCCACCACCCACACCCUCACCAGUCUCACCCCGGGUAUGCGGUACAGUGUCACCCUGGUGGCGGAGCGUGGGCGCAAGAGGAGCGAGCCUGCCGUUACAUCUGCCUCCACAGAGGAGCGGAAGCCUCAGGUGGGGAACCUGACGGUGUCCGAUGUGUCCUGGGACAGCUUUAACGUGUCCUGGACCAUCGAGGAGGGCGAGUUUGAGGGCUUUGUCAUAGAGGUGGCCAACCUGGAGGGCGGCCCCGAGCGCCAGAACCUCACGCUCUCUGGCGACGCCCUCAGUCUGUUCAUGUCCGGGCUCAGUCCCAGCUCCACCUAUAUGAUCGCUCUCUAUGGGCUGCACAAUGGCAACCUCCUGGGCUCUGUGUAUACUGAAGCCACCACAGUGAAAGCCCCCGUGGUCGGCAAUCUGUAUGUGUCUAAUGUAACACACAAGAGCUUCUCAGUGUCCUGGAAUGGCACUGAGAGCGGAUUUGAGGGUUUCAUCCUGGAGGUCAUUGAUACCAGCUGGCUAAAGGAGCCGGUUGAACUAAACGUAUCCCACAAUACCAUGUCGUAUGACAUCAAAGGGCUCGAGCCCAGCACUGAUUAUAUUGCCUAUCUCUAUGGUGUUAUGAAAGGAAGGAGAACUCACGCUAUCAGUACUGUUGCAACCACAGAGGCCGAGCCAGAGAUUGAGCACCUCUUUGUAUCAGACGUCACCCCCGAGAGUUUCCGCAUCGCCUGGACCGCGGAGGACGGCGUCUUCGAUCGGUUCGUGAUCAAAGUUAGGGACGCCAAAAAGCUUGCUCACCCGCAAGAGUUUAAUGUCGCUGGUGACGAGAGGACCAAGGUCAUGACUGAUCUUAUGGGGGGCACUGAGUAUGAGAUUGAACUGUUCGGCGUCACUCUGGAACACCGGUCCCAGCCUUUAACCGCUGUUGCCAGAACAGGCCUAGGGGCGCCACGGGGUAUUAGCUUCUCUGAUAUCACCAGCACGUCCUCCAUGGUCCACUGGACUGUUCCCCGCGCCAAUGUGGACUCAUACCGGGUGACGUUUGUGCCUCUUCAGGGAGGCAAUCCAGAUACAGUGAUGAUUGAUGGGACUCAGUCAGAGACUAUGCUUCCCAACCUGGUUCCCGGGGAGACUUACCAAGUGACUGUGGUAGCCGUCAAGGGCCUGGAGGAGAGUGAGCCCAUCACUGACACACUGACUACAGCUCUGGAUAUGCCACGCAGUCUGACCGCGGUCAACAUCACCGACACUGAGGCUUUGUUGCUAUGGCAGCCUGCCAUUGCCACGGUGGACGGCUAUGUCAUCACCUACAGCGCAGAUACAGUAUCUCCGGUAAUGGAGCGAGUGUCUGGGAACAUCAUAGAGUUCGAGAUGACCUCCCUGAACCCUGACACUCAGUACACCGUCAGCGUCUACGCCACCAAAGACGAGCUGAAGAGUCAGGCAGCCACCACAGAAUUCAGCACCGAGCUCGAUGCUCCGCGGGAUUUGGUGGCCAGUAACGUCCUGACAGACAGCGCCACGCUCACCUGGGUCCCCCCUCGCGCCGCCAUCAGCGGCUACAUCCUGACCUUCGAGGCGUCUGACGGCACAGUCAGGGAAGUAGUCCUCGAUGCCUCUGAGACCUCCUACAGUGCGACUGACUUGAGCAGCUCCACAGAGUACGCCGUCCGGCUGCAGGCCGUCGCUGGCGCCAAGAGGAGCCGACACGUCACCACCGUGUUCACCACAGUUGGAAUCCUUUACAAAUAUCCCAAGGACUGCUCGCAGACACUUCUGAAUGGGGAGAGUGAAUCGGGCCUGUACACCAUCUUUGUGGGAGGAAACGAGAACCAGCCCAUGCAGGUGUACUGUGACAUGGCCACUGACGGAGGUGGAUGGGUGGUAUUCGUCAGACGUCAGAGUGGGAAAACAGAAUUCUUCAGGAACUGGAGGAACUACACCAACGGCUUUGGUGACAUGAUGGAUGAAUUCUGGCUCGGCCUUUCCAACCUGCACAAGCUCACCUCAUCUGCCCCGUAUGAGCUGCGGGUGGACCUGCGAGACGGCUCCGAGUCCGUGUACGCUUACUACGACAAGAUCUCCAUCGGCGAGCCACGCGGCCGCUACAAGAUCCAGAUCGGUUCUUACAGUGGCACAGCUGGUGACUCUAUGACCUACCACCAGAACAGACCCUUCUCCACGUACGACAAUGACAAUGACGUCGCCGUCACCAACUGCGCCCUUUCGUACAAGGGUGCCUUCUGGUACAAGAACUGCCACCGGGUCAACCUCAUGGGCAGAUAUGGAGACAACAGCCACAGCAAGGGCAUUAACUGGUUCCACUGGAAAGGCCACGAGCACUCUGUCCCCUUUGCCGAGAUGAAGAUCAGACCAGUCAACUUUGGCAACUUGGAAAGCCGGAGGAAAAGAUCGUAAAACACACUUUGUCAAAAACAAAUCCCCUCUUCCUCAACCCCCCCAGCCGGUAGCCAGCUCAGCCUAACUGGCCAAGUACCAGCCAUGAAGGCCCUAAUUCCACAUCAAACAAUGGCCUUAGUCACUGUGGUCUAGUCCCGACACAACCUACAGCACCCUCUAUGGCAGUGACUGGACAAAAUGGGGGCUAGUUUUUUAUACUGAAGAUGUUGUCAUUGUGCACACAACGGGUGGAGGGUGAACUAUAGAGCUGAGACUGGGAUGGCACUACCCUUUCUGAAUAUUUGGGUUUUAUCCUGUCUCAUCCCUCUCCGAUUUAAAAAAAAAUGUUUGUUUCCGUAAAGAGUUAUUUCCCACUGAAUCGAUGCUGGUGCUUUUCGACUUAUUUCUUGAGAGACCUGUUGAUAUUGUUGGUCAGAUAGUUUUAUCGAGAGAUUUCCCAUAGAAUCCUAUUGAGUUUCUGGUUUGUUGUAUGUGUAUUUGUUUGUGAGUUUAUAUUUUCUUUGAAAAGGUGGUUAAUUGUUUUGUCUCACAAUUUUGUACUUUUUUCAAGAGCUUUUAAAUAUAUAUAUGAUUGUCGCUGAAUGUGCAGGGCAUAGUGGCUAAAGAUGAGAAGCUCCUUAUGUUGUAGUAUGACCACUAAAUCAGCUAAAUAUUGAAUAGGUGAUUUCAAACAAUCAUCAGACAGAGUAGUCACAGUCUAUAAAUAUCUGUUGUACAGGGAUAGAUUUGUGAUGAGUGAUGUAUUUUUGUUUGUAAUUUGAUAUUUUUAAGUCUUUUAGAUGAUAUAAUAGACCCUCCUUAACAAAGUGCCCUGAACUGAAUAACAGAUGAAGCACUUCCAUCAUGUUGCAAUGACAGAACACCAAAAUGACUAUAGCAGUGGGAGACACCGCUGAUUUUCAAAAAGCCUGUAAAAUGUUUGCUUUUGUUUUCUGUAAAAUGGAUAGAGAAAGAUCUGUAUCCCUUAUUACAAUAAAAUACUUUCUUAAAAA